UCGCGCCUCGAGUGAAACAAGACGUACCUACAUCGCAUCACUUAUUAAAAUGGUAUCGAGAAUAUUGUUAUUUGUUUUCGUAUUCAACUUGGUGUCGGACUAUUCAUAUGGCCAAAGAAACAAAAAGUUCUUCCGUAAAGAUUACAAAUAUUUAGAAGAAGUUGAGGGUUUCUACAAGAUCCACACUUUACAUAAAACUUGGUCUGAAGCGAAGCGAGUUUGUGCAUUAGAAGGAGCCAGUUUAUUCUACCCAGAAAACGACGAUGAGGCCCACGCAGUGCUUUCAUUUUGGAACGCUACCCAACCGUACCGUUGGGUGCACGUGGGGAUCUCAGAUUUAAUCGUCAAAGGAGUUUUUGAAACUAUUGACGGUCUUCCAGUAUCGGACGUGUACAACAAUUGGGGCCCUGGAGAACCUAAUGACGCUGGUGGAGUCGAGGACUGCGUGAUCCUGAGACAAGAUGGCACCCUCAAUGAUGACCAAUGCAAUAAGAAGUUCCCCUUUAUAUGCAAAAAGAGUCUACAAUCUUUGGAAUGGAAUCAGAGAUGCAAUUUCCCUAACUUGGAUUACGUUUACAAUGAGCAGAUCGGUAGAUGCUACAAGUUCCACCUGAAUCCUUUGAACUGGACGGAAGCUUAUGCUGUCUGCAAUGCUGAGCAGUCAUACUUAGCUGUUAUCAAUACCCAGCAAGAAGCUGAUUAUCUUGUUGCUUUAACUGAAUCCGUGCCUAAAGACAAUGUACCAGGGAACUAUAUGAGAGGAGCGGUUCACUUGGGCUUCCAUAACAGAGCUAAUGAGGGUUGGCAAGCUGUUAGAGGUACAUCAUUAGAUGACACUGGAUACACAUGUUGGGGCACAAAUCAACCCGAUGGAGGUGAAAAGGAGCAGUGUGGUUCCAUGUUUUACAAUGGACUUCUGAAUGACAUUAGUUGUGGAACGAGGGCUUUCUUCAUCUGCGAACAUGAGGUGGAUACUCUAAGCUCGGCACUGGAUGAUCGCUUUGGAGAUGCCGUAGUGUUAUCUUAACUAGAUUUUAAGAAAGAGGUUGAAAGUCAAAAUUUUCCCUAAGUUUGAGGUAUCCCUCCCGAUUUAAGAUUUUCUUCGACUGCUGCAAACAGUAAUUUGGUUUGAGAUGUGCAU